UUUGACAUACACUGGCUAAGAUUGAAACCCAUUCAAAGGAUUUUCUUCUAUGAAACAUCUUCCACUAGUACUAUACUUCCCAAACUCAAAACCUCACUAUCUCUCACCCUCCAACACUUCCUACCACUAGCAGGAACCUUAACUUGGCCCCAAGACUCCUACAAACCCAUUCUCAACUAUGUUUUAGGUGACACCGUUGCACUCACAAUAGCCGAGUCUGAAGCUGAUUUCCACCAUUUUUCAAGCAAUGAAUAUCUCCAAUCCAAAGAGUACCAUCCUCUUGUUCCCCAAUUAGCAGUGACUAGUGAACGAGCUGCGGUGUUGGCAGUGCAAAUCACUGUCUUUCCCAACCAUGGGUUUUCCAUUGGAACCUGCAUGCACCAUGCCGUGCUUGAUGGCAAAUCUUCAACCAUGUUUUUCAAAUCCUGGGCUCACAUAUGCAAACAUGGUUCAGCUGUUUCGUUGCCGGAUCUGCUGAAACCAUGUUACAGUGACAGACAGGCCAUCAAGGAUCCCAUGGGGCUCGCAGCAAUCUACUCGAAUGACUGGUUGAGAUUUGGGGGGUCUAACAAAAGAAGCUUACUGUUUCGGGAGACUAAAUAUUCACCGGGCACAAUUCGAGGUACGUUUGAAUUCACUCAAGCGAAUAUACAAAAACUUAGAGGACAUGUCAAGACUGCAGUGGAUUCUGAUUCAGCUCAUCUGUCAUCAUUUUCUCUAACAUGUGGCUAUACAUGGGCUUGCUUAGUCAAGGCAGAAGAAAUAAAAUCUGACCAAGUAUGGAUAGUCUUUAGUGUGGACUGUAGGUCUCGCUUAGACCCUCCAGUUUCGGCAACAUACUUUGGGAACUGCAUUAUAGGUCAUAUAGCAGUUGCAGAAACAAAAGGACUCUUGGGAGAAGAUGGGUGGAUUGUAGCUGUGAAUGCAAUUAGUGAAAGUAUAAAGGCUUUGGAUGGAAGUGGGGGACUUUUCAAUGGGGCAGAGACUUGGGUUUCAAAGAUGUGCAGUGCGAAGGGGACUGAGAGAUUUUUUUCGGUAGCUGGUUCAAGUAGGUUUGAGAUUUAUGACACGAAUUUCGGAUGGGGAAGACCAAAAAAGACUGACGUUGUUUCCAUAGAUAUGACAGGAGCAAUCUCACUCUCUGAUAGCAGGAAUGGUGGUGGUGGUGUUGAGGUUGGGCUGGUUUUGAAAGAAUCAAAUAUGGAAGUAUUUGCUUCUCUAUUUGCUAUAGGUCUUGAAGACCUUAAUUAAAAGCCAUCAUUCAUAUUGAUGUUUCCUAUCUUCUAUCCUCAGAAUGUACUUUCUUCUCUUCUUUUUGGUGGUUAAUAACUGAGAAUAUUUCUAACACUCAGAAUUGGGAUUUUAUAUA